CACUAUCCCUAGUCACUCCCUACGCACAUUAUAUAUCCUUAGUCCUUACACCUUAGCAAAAUCCAAGAACAUUACAAUUUUUGUACCAUAUACCAAAAAAAUGAAUGCAACAUCACUAGAGAAACAAAAGAAGGGAAACUUAUAUGUGUACAACUUCUCCACCGGUAACCGGACACCGGAAUAUCAAACUCCGACGACAACGACGACGUCGGUAACGAAGAAAAUCAUUCAUUCAAGUAUAUGGGGUACUCUUAGAAAGUCGAAAUCGAAAUCGAAACCAAAUAAUGGUGAGGAUAAGGAGAAGGAAGAGGAUAGAAAGGGAAUGAUGAAUCAUGGGAAAGGCAGGAAUGAAAUGGAAAGGAAAUCAGUGUCAAGUGUAGAAGGUAUAUUAAUGAGAUUAGCAAAUAGUAAUAAUAAUAGUAAGGUUAUUAUGGAGGAAAGGAAAUCAGUUUGUAGUAAUAGUGAGAUAAUGGAGGUAAAAGAGAGGGGAAAGGGAAUCCCAUUCCUACAAGGUAUGGAAGGGAAAAGAGAAGGAGGGAGGAAAUCAGUUUCACAUGUAGAAAAUAAUGUAGCAUAUGUAGGGAAUUUUGUGGAGAAAGCAAGGGAAUCAAUAGGGGCAAAAAUGGAAAAUGAUAUGGUUUCUGCCAUUGAAUUGUUACAAGUGAAGGUUUUGGUUACUGAUAUGCCUGGUUUUAUGCAAAUUCAAGCUUUUCAAUGUGCAAGGAAGACUUAUGAUAGUUUGGAGAAAUUCAGUGCUAAACAUGUGGCUUAUAACUUAAAGAAGGAGUUUGAUAAGGUAUAUGGGCCUGCAUGGCAUUGUAUUGUGGGCUCCAGUUUUGGGUCCUUUGUAACCCAUGCAACUGGUUGCUUUCUAUACUUCUCAAUGGAAAAAUUGUGCAUUUUGCUGUUUAGAACCAAAGUUCAGAAAGCAGUACAGCAAUAACUAAUAUGAGGAUAUUAAACUAUUUUUUUUUUUAGAUAAAUAGGCUUUUUGAUGUAUACUUUUUUCUUUUCUUUUUAUAUUUACUUUUACUUGUUUUUUUUUUUUAAUUGGGAUUGGUAAUUCAUACUUAAAAUCUGUAAAUGGUGACAUUGUAAGUUUGUGCAUAUAGUAUAUAUUCAUUUAAAAGAAAGAAGAAGAA